AGGUUUAUUACGCAAAUGACGGACGGAGAUGUGGCUGAGGAUUUGCGACUACCACAAACUGUCAUUGGUCGUUUGGUAAAGGAAGCACUACCACCUGGUGUUAUCAUUUCUAAGGAUGCGCGAACAGCGAUAGCACGAGCUGCAGCGGUUUUCAUCUUGCAUGCUGCCACGUAUGCUCAAGAAUGUGCUGUAUCUAGCAAACGUAAGACGGUUGCAGCGGUGGAUGUCUUAAAUGCGGUGCGAGUUUUGGAAUGCGAAGAACUGGAGAAACCGGUAAAGGAAGCAGUAGAGAUAUGGAAAGCCAACAGACAGCAAAGGAAUGAGGAAGCUAAAAAACGAAAGGCGGGACGUGUGCAAAAUAAUGAUCCAGCUGUGUUAGAGAUUCUAAAAAAUGUUUCACAAAGAGGUGGAAUUUCCGUAUCCGGCCAUGUCAAUUCCACAGAUAAUACAGUUGCUUCAGAUGAACCCGAAACGAAGAAAAUGUUGUUAGAUGUCAUUAUGGAUGAUGAAAGCUAAGUAUGAAGGAAACAGUCGCCAUUGAUAACGUCACUUUUGAAUUAUUUUUCAUAGUUAGCCUUUUCUGUCAUUUGGCUCUUGCUAAUGGCAGAC